CGGAAUGCGGAGGCUGGAAUUUCAGGUUCCUUGUCGGUGCGGGUGUGUUUCCGGAGAGGUCUGUAGGGAAGGAAGAGUGUGUGUUUAUUUCCCUGCACGGUGGGUUUGAUCUGAAUGAAUUGUUGGCUCUUUAUUGAUGUGUCCUAAGACGUGUCUGUAGAGCAGGAUGACCGAGAGCGCGGGGAACCGGGAGGCGAAGGGGGACGCGUGUCAGGCGCAGCAGCGGGCGGUCAACGGGCUGAAAACAGGAAGAAGGCGCGCGCUGAAGGAGCAGCAGCAGCACUGUCGCCAGGACAAACCCGGCUUCCUGUACAGGCAGGACGAGAAGCUUCACCCAAGCGAGUGUAAUGGAGGCUUCUACAGCAAGCCGUUCAUCGAGUCUUUUGAAGAGACCCCGAUGCUGGUGGCUGUGCUCACGUACAUGGGCUACGGCAUCCUCACCAUCUUCGGCUACCUGAGAGACUUCCUCCGCCAGUGGAAGAUCGAAAAAUGCCACAUCGCCAGAGAAAGAGAGGAGCAAAAGGAUUUUGUCCCACUUUAUCAAGACUUUGAGAAUUUCUACACCCGAAAUUUAUAUAUGAGGAUCCGGGACAGCUGGAACAGACCCAUCUGCAGCGUUCCCGGGGACAAGAUGGACCUGGUAGAGCGAGUGUCCCAUGACUACAACUGGACCUUCAGCUACACAGGCCGAGUGGUGAAAGACGUGAUCAACAUGGGCUCGUAUAAUUACCUGGGCUUUGCCGAGAACACGGGCUCGUGUGCCGACGCAGCAGCAGAGGUCACUCUGAAAUACGGCGUUGGCGUGAGCAGCACCAGGCAGGAGAUGGGUAACCUGGACAGACAUGAGGAAUUGGAGAAGCUGGUAGCGAGGUUCCUGGGCGUGGAGUCGGCCAUGGCAUUUGGGAUGGGUUUCGCAACCAACUCUAUGAACAUUCCAGCCCUGACUGGGAAGGGGUGUCUGAUUCUGAGCGACGAACUGAACCACGCCUCUCUAGUUUUGGGAGCGCGCUUAUCUGGAUCCACCAUCCGAGUUUUCAAGCACAACAACAUGCAGAGCCUGGAGAAGCUGCUCAGAGACGCUGUAGUGCACGGCCAGCCCAGAACUCACCGGCCCUGGAAGAAGAUCCUCAUAUUGGUGGAGGGGAUCUAUAGCAUGGAGGGCUCCAUCGUGCGCCUGCCUGAAGUGAUCGCCCUGAAGAAGAAGUAUAAAGCUUACCUGUACCUGGAUGAGGCCCACAGUAUCGGCGCUCUGGGCCCCCGGGGUAGGGGCGUGGUGGACUACUUCGACCUCGACCCCACAGAUGUGGACAUCAUGAUGGGAACGUUCACCAAGAGCUUCGGCUCAGCGGGGGGUUACAUCGGCGGGAGAAAGGAGUUGAUAUCGUACCUGCGUGCUCACUCUCACAGUGCCGUAUACGCCACCUCCAUGUCUCCUCCCGUUGUUGAGCAAAUUAUCGCUUCUAUGAAGUGCAUUAUGGGAGAGGACGGGACCACGAUAGGCAGGGAUCGCAUCCAGCAGCUGGCAGAAAACACAAACUACUUCCGCAGGAGGCUGAGGGAGAUGGGCUUCAUCAUUUACGGCAACAACGAUUCACCUGUCGUUCCCCUGAUGCUCUACAUGCCCGCCAAAAUCGGGGCGUUUGGUCGGGAGAUGCUGAAAAGGAACAUCGGUGUGGUUGUCGUGGGCUUCCCUGCCACGCCCAUCAUCGAGUCCAGAGCUCGCUUCUGCUUGUCUGCAGCUCACACCAAAGAAAUGCUGGACAUGGCUCUGAGUGCCAUCAGUGAGGUGGGAGAUCUGCUGCAAGUGAAAUACUCGCGCCACAGAAUCCUCCCCACUCUCGAUCGGCCCUAUGAUGAGACCACGUAUGAGGAGUGUGAAGACUGAACACCUUCCAGCCUUUAUGGAAAUGUGCACUGCUCUCUGUCCCUUCCACAAGAUGAACCACUUGAUGCAUUUUUUUUUUCUUUCUUUUGGGGUCAUGUUUUUGUUAAGCAUAUGGAGCUGUUAUACGUCUUUCUUUCUUUCUUUGUGUCAGUUCUCAUCUUUGAUAUUCAGGAUCUGUCCUUAAGUUCUUGUGACAUUUUAUUUGAAGGCAAAAACAAUUAAAGCUUCAAAUCCUCGCUGCCAACCACAAGAUGCUUUGGACUGCCUGUUGUGCUCGCUAAAGCCAUAUGUAACUAUAACCCUCAAACUGCUUUCACGCAUACAAAGCAUCUUUUUAAAUAAGUGGGACCAGACUGGUGGUGGGAACAAAUGAUCAGUCCCAGAGACGCUGGCUUGUUCAAGCAAAUCACUUUUUUUUUUUUUUUUUUAAUUUAUGUAAAUUUUUUUUUGGAAUGCUGUGCUAAAAUUUCAUCCCCCCCCAAAAAAAAAAAAUCGCAGCACCUGUUGUCUGGUAUCGGUCAUUCUUCUAACAUUUCAGCAACGUUUUUUUGUUUGUUUUAUAUUCCCCUUCCUAAGAUAUCAGUCACAACAUUGAUGGUGUCGGAGGGAGG